UCAUUUUACUCUAUAUGUUCACCACCUUUAGCUACAUAUAUUGAUACUCAGGUUUCUUUUAUGAAUUCCCUAUUGCCGAGAUAAUAUAAAUAAAUAAACCAGAUAAUAAAUGGUGAAAUAGCCACAAACGUAAUGCACUACAUAACCUAUGCAAGCAAGGGAUAAAGCCAGUUGCGUUUUGUUUGCAGCUUCGCAUUCUUCAACUUACUACACUCUUAACUAUGGCCUUUAAUCCACGUGAUUCUGGAGAAUAUAUUGUCAAAAAUGCGAAACACUUGACCGUGAUUCCCGAAGGCAUUGACAUUCUUGCAAAGGAGGUUAUUUCCCGUUUACAGUCUGGAGAACUUGAUCCGAAGAACUUUUCGCAGAACGAAAGACAUCCGAAGGCCACCGAUGCAUAUGCCAUUGAAUGGAUAUUUGUUGUGGAUACUCUCAAUUUUUGCUUCUGGACACCAACUGACUACACGAAAUACAAGGUCAACGGUUAUACCGGCUACUUUGCUUUGUGCGCUGCCGUAAAUCGUGCCAUGGCGGAAGGCAUAGAUAUCACCAAUGCCGCAUAUUAUUCUACAAUUGAUGCUGAUACAUUGCGUAAAAUUUUCCGUUCAGAUGAUGGCCAGACUUCUGUGCCACUAUUUGAGAAACGUAUCGCUUGCCUGCAUGAGGUCGGCACCAGACUUUUGGAGAAAUGGCAAGGCAAAUUCGAGAAUGUGGUGCGUGCCGCAAAUAAUUCGGCAGCUCGUUUACUGGAGUUAGUGGUCAGCGAAUUUCCUUGCUUCCGCGAUGAAGCUGAUUACGAAGGCAAACGUAUUUCAUUGUACAAGCGUGCACAAAUUCUAAUCGGGGAUAUUUGGUCCUGUUUCGAUGGCAAAGAACUUGGUAAAUUCAAUGACCUUGAAAAGAUUACCAUGUUUGCCGACUACCGCGUACCACAAGUCUUGAUACAUUUCGGCAGCAUGGAAUACAAGCCGGAAUUACUUGAAGUGUUGAAGAAAGAUACUAUUUUGGAGAACGGCGAUCCACGAGAAGUAGAAAUUCGUGGUGCUUCCAUAUACAUAGUGGAGCAGGUGAAAGACAUUAUUUUGAGUAAACUCAAUAACAAAGAAGUUGAUGUCAAUAAAGAACAUGUAAACUCAAUCUUAAUCGAUCACUUCCUAUGGGACUAUCGACGCCAGCAUGCUGAAGAAUUGGAGCAUAUACCAUUCCACAAAACACUAAGUAUUUACUACUGAAAGUUCCGUAAACAAUAAAUGUGACAAUUUCUAUUUUUUAUAAAA